AUGGACGACGCCGACCUGAUAGAGCAAGUGGGCAGAUUUUCUGCCCUCUAUAACAAGGGGGACGCUCGAUUUAAAAAUAAAGGGGCUAAAGAAAAUGCCUGGAAGACAAUUGGAGCCAUUCUUGGACAAAGGCCCCAAGUAUGCGAGCAGCGGUGGGUUGUACUGAGAAAUAGGUACACAAAAAUAAAGCGUGAGAUAACCACCAUGCCUUCAGGCUCCGGAGCAUUCCAUAAUAAUUGGCCCCAUUUCCACUCAAUGGGAUUUUUGGAUCCAUAUUUGACAACAAGAAAAACAACUUCGAACUACCCUAUAGCUUCGGAAAGCCAAAGUCAGUGGGAAGAGGAAUCUCAGACCUCUAUGACUGACGCUACGGAGGUCAGUAUGUUAACAGAGGAAGAAAGUAGCUGCAGAAGCAAAGAACCUCGUGUGUGGGACAGCAUGGCGGUUAUUAUAGAUGGGGGAGAAGAUUCAGAGCAGUCACAGCUCGAGUCACAGUCUCUGUUGCAGCAAGGAAACAGAGUUACGCCUAAAAUUGGAACAGAAAGGUUACGUACCGCCGAAUCUACUUCCGAGCCUGACGAUGAUCAAUCAGGUCCUUCAAAAAAAAAAUUGAGCAUAAGAAAAUCAAUUCCUCGAUCAAUUCCUAUUAAGAGGCAGGCAACAGCCCAGGAGACUGCGCUUGCCAAAAUGGGCAACUGUUUCGACAUUUUUCAAAAAAAAAUGACAAGUUCAGAACCACAUGAACAUGACGAGUCGAUGGCUUUUGCCAUUUCUUUGGCAAACGAUAUGAAAAUACUCACCACGGAAGAAAAAAUAUUAUUUAAAAAAAAAAUGUACACAUGUUUUGAAGAAAUAUUAAACAACAGAAAUUAA